UUCCAGAACACAGGUUCUUUCUAAAAUAUAUAGUGUGGCUUGUAGACUGUUCUAAGCGCCACUGUGAAUAUAGCGAUUGAGCUAUAACGUACAAAAAAGUGCUGGUAAACGAAUUGGGAAGUAAUGCACUGAGUGAAUAAUGCAGUAGCAAUUGCACUUUUUCAUACACUUGUUGCGUACCGUAUUAGUUCUUUCUCGGUAGAUUAUUGGUGAAUUAUAUCCUACAAGACUUAUAAUAUCGUGAAAUUACGUAGUGAACCAAAACGUUAAAAAUAACCACAGAAUUGGAGCGCUAGCUUCUCGGAACGCGGUUUCGUCGAAAUUCCUAACUAUUUUUCCUGGAAGCGAUAUAAAACAAUUUCUCGGAAUCGUCUGGUCUCGGUGAGGGGCGUGUGAUGCCGCGGCGAGGAUAGUGUGUGCGCGGUUUACAUCUGCCCACAAAUAGAAAAAAAGUAACGAAAAGCAUUACACCAACACAGCAUUUCAAAAUGAUGCCCCGAGUAGUUUUUCUUGCUAUGCUGUGUUCGCUAUACUGCGUUAGCGAAGUUUCUGCACAGGGAUGGAUUUUCCCACAAAAGGCAGUUUACCUCGAGGUGAACGACACGAUUCGAUUACAAUGCACUCUCAAUAUGCAUUCCCUCAAAGCACGAGGAAUGAACAGCAGUUAUCUAAUGUUUUAUACCCAAUCGGACAUCCCGGUUCCACGGGAACAAGUGAAGAUCAUAAACUCCACUACCAUUGAAUUUACGGUGGAUCACGCGCAACCAAGCGCCAAUGCGUACACUUGCAAACUGAAUGACACCUGGGGCAUCGCGAUCCGUACCGUCUACGUCGGGCACAAACCACAGGAAGUGAAGGACUUCAAGUGUCGCGCACCGCGCUGGAAGGACCAAAUGGUGUGCACGUUCACACGCGAAGUAAAUCCGGUGACGGUGAAUUAUACUCUGGAGUUUCAUUUUUAUCCCGCAACACAAAGCUUAGCUUGCGCGCUGAAGGACAAAGAAGAGACGAAUAUGAAGGAAUGUGUGAUCGAAAAUGGCUACAGGCUCAUGAACGAGUACUACUAUUUUACUCUGACUGCCAAGAACGAACUAGGCUCGCUAAGCCAGGACUUCGCCAUUAAUCAUUUCGAUGUGGUUAUUCCAUACAUGGAUGAUAAUUGCUCCGUGGAGGCUAUCUCUUCGAACAGUGCUGUUUUAAAAUGGAAGAAGUGGUACAAAUACACUCUUUUCAAUCGGGAUUUCAUCAGCGAGGUAAAGUUACUUUCCAUCUAUGAUGACAACGUUUGGCAGAAUGUGAACAAUGAAGGCUUGGAACUUCACAACAUGGAAUAUGUGUUGCCGCUGCGCGACCUAAAGUACGCGGCAACCCGCUACGACGUGCGAAUCCGGAUGCGCACAAACUCAUCCGAGCAGGGAGACGAUAUGUGGUCUAAUUACACGAGCUGUCUGUUCACCACGUUGCCCCGGAGGCCGGACAUGCCGCCUGAUGUGGCCGUGGGCAGUUUUGAACACUCCAAUGAAAAACGCCUGUUUGUGUAUUGGCGAGAGUUAGACAAAUGGCAGUAUAACGCGGCCAGCGGAUUCUACUACGAGGUGCAAAUGCAUCGUCAGGACGGCACAAUUAGAACAUGGAACGAAACCAUUGGUAUGAUCGCCGAAGAACUGUCACCCGAUAUGGACUAUUCCUUCCGCAUUCGAAGCGCCAAUACAGAAGGCACGUCAGAAAAUAGCAGUGUCGUGUUUGUGCCGAGCCAACGCCAUCGUCUCGCUAAACCGACAAUUGAGAAGCUGCUAUCCGAUUCUGGCGAAUUCACUCUCUCGUGGAAGCCACCUUCACGGGACGCAUCGUCCAUCACUAGCUACACUGUGUUCUGGUGCAAAACGAACAGUAACUCCCCGAACGAUUGCAAGGGAUCGAUCAACUUUACUACCGUGCCCUCGAAUCAGACGACCUUCGUUUUGGGCAACGGCGGUGUGGCGUUGAACUUUGCCGUUUCAGCCAAUGCCGACCAACACUCGUCCGGCAUGGUCUGGGCCGCCUGUACGGCAACGCACAAGACCGACAUCGGUAAGCUGAAACCGAUCUUGAUAACAGAAACAGCUUCGUCUUCGAUACAUCUGCAGUGGAACACGGAGUGCGGUGAUGUCGUGCACACAGGAUACAUGAUCUUCUACUGUAAUAUCAAUGAGCCACGCAUGCAAGACUGCAAGGAGCCAGAGCUGUCGAUAAACGUGACCAACAAAAAUCAGCAUUCUUAUUUGUUAGAAAAUUUGAAAUCAUACGCAACGUACAAAAUCGAAAUUGCUAUGUACUCGGAAACACACAUCGGCCCAAGGAGUGAACCAGCUUUCAAUACUACCAGAGAAUCGGCUCCUUCGCAACCUCGGAACCUGACGGUACAAAAUAUAACGAAGAAUAGUGUUACCCUGCACUGGCAACCUCCGCUGCAGAUUAACGGAGGCACGAUGAGUUAUGAAAUUUUGUACAACGGACAAUCGCACAAACACAACCUGGAAGGCCCGUAUAAUAGAGAGGUGGAGAAAACGUUGGAUAAUUUGGAACCAUUUACGGAUUACAAUAUAACCGUUCGGGCUCACACGGUGGCCGAUUCGCCCGUCAGCAAUGUAGUGCAUGUGCGUACGCUUCUUGGUGAACCGCAAACCAUUGAUCAGCCUAGCACAAACAGCACCAGUAGUUCGCAACUUACGAUCGGAUGGAAUCCACCCUCUAAACCAGCCGGUUGUACGGAAUUCUACGAGCUGAGGAUCACUAGCAAGGGCUACGUUACCUACCAGCAACGCCGGCCUGGAUGCCAACUGCGACAGGCAAUUUGCCAAACACAGGACAGCUUCAAGUACGAGUUUUCCGUUCGAGCCGUAAACGUGGACAUUGUCGGUGAGGAGGGGGUAGCGUUUACGAACCUUUCCUGCGAGGCGCGGUGGGAAGUUAUACAGAUGCGCUGGCCGGCACUGAAGCACUACGUCGCAUAUGAUGAAUGCGGGACUGAUGCUUCAGGCACCUAUCACCACGGCAAUGGCUUCGCUGAAGGCGACAUGCCUCCACACGAUGUUCGGCUACUUUACGGUGCCUGGUCGGUGCCGUUGGCACAUUGGUGUAACGUUUCAGGAAAGAGCGGAAUGGUUCUGCCGUUAGUGAUUUUAGGAAGCUUUAUUUUAGUUUUCGUUCUUAUGAGCUACUCGGUCGUAAAGGUGAAGCACGUGCUAAAAGUGCAAGUGAUCAUUCCCGAUGGGCUGAACGAUCUAACGGGGCCUUCGAAACCGAGCUUCAACGUCGUCAGUGCCGGAGGACUAAUUUUUGCCGAGCACGGCACUAUCAGCAACUGCACGAAGGACGAUGGCUACGCAAAAGAGCAAAAUCAAUGUCUGCUGCAGUCAUCCUCAUCCUCCGGGGGAAGCAUUGGCGAUCUGAGUCGGGAGCGCUCAUCACCCGAUUUUUGUAGCAAUAGUGCAUGUUGCGAAGAGGAUAAUACAAGCUUUUACGAUCAGGAAGCAGAGCGACAGGAUGAAGAUCUGGACCACCGGUUCGGCGACGAUGCAUCGGACACGAUCGACAGCAACCAUUUGGAUGAACUGCAAUCUCAGAGUCACUCGUCGCCGAAUGGAGGAGCAAUGAUGGACCGUUCGUUUGGCAAUGUGAACAAAGGAUGUACUUCAGGGACACCACCAGCUUUGCUGAUGAUGAUGGAGGGUGCUGGUGGUACACAAAGCAAUCCGACACCAAUGCCGGUCACAUCCGGUUACGUUCCUGCCCCUGCGGUCAAUCCCAUAAAACAGCCAAUCAAUUCCUCCGGCUACCUGCAAAUAGGUGCACUUGCAAACGUUGCCAUGAUGGCGCCUUCAGAUUCGAUGCAGAAAACAUUCAACGCCAAAAUGUCGGCGACUCCAAUAUCAGGAUAUGUUACACAUAAGCAACUGUCAGAUUAUGGGCAACAUUUGCAGUAGAAACCUACCGUGGUAGGAACCGGAUGGUGCGUCCAACUCCUGACAACUAUGAUGAUGUAGCAUUCUACACCAAAACACACUCCAUGCAUGGUGUUCUCUAUUUUCCUGUCUUUAUCCACUGCGUGGAAUCGACUGUGUCGGAUGGAGCAGUUCGGGAGGAUUUUAAAAAAUGAACUAAUAGUGUGAAGAAUCGGAGAGAGGUGGGGCUUACCGAGGCAACGUAAGACUGCACACUUUUUAAACACACAGAUACACACACACACAUACACAUAUACAAUCAAUCCUGCAACUAUGAUAAGAAAUCCAUUGUUGAUGUCGUAUUAUGAAUCACCUGGACUACAUCGAAUCUGCAAACGGAUGCAAGGUUUUAAUUUUUGACGUAUUUUAGAGCUUUCUGUUGUAUGGCUAACGAGUUUUCACAUUGUCACGUUUACGUCCAAUACUUCAGCCCAAUUUUUUGUAUUAUUCUCUUUGUCCGUCCGAAUGAAACGACGUAAGCAUUUGCUGAAAACAUGAACCAAAUUUUAGGAAACCGAAAAUUGAACAUUCAACAUACAAAAGUCCGUUAUCAACAUAUAUCAAAAGACCCAUUCAUCUAUUUAUUUUAAAUGGGUAUCCAUGUUGUGUGAUAACCAGUGUGGACCUAAAAAUCGUUGUACUUCUUCGUACUGUUUUUGUUGAAAAAGUGGCAUGUUUUUGCUCAUACAGCAGGGUGGAAUGAUGGCUUGAUCGCAUGUAGUGAAUGAAAACUUGCUUUCAAUAAUUGGUGCGGUAAUGAUUUUCGUAGUUUAAUGCGAUGUCCCAAUUUUAUUGAUAGAGCCAGAAACCCCCGCAAACGGAGGAGAAUAUCCUAUGUGUACCUGUAUGUGUUCUAUGAAUGAUGUAUGCCGAGCUUGAUAUAAUAGUGUAGAGUUAUUAAAACAAUAAUGAACCCACAAGCAACAGGGUGAUGGCGUUUGAUCAAUUUUCUUGUUGUCAGGUGCAUAUAUAUACAUACAUGUAUAUAUUAAACAUAUAUAUAUAUAUGAGUGUGUAUGUGUGUAAAUUAAAAGAGAUAAGAUGUUACACGCUCCCCUUUAUCUCACAAGCUCCAGUACACCCUCAGCUACUCUUACCUUUAAAUCGUUUUUCAUUUAUAAAUUACUUAUUAUGUGUAAAGAAAAAUCUAGAGUGAAUGAAAUAAAGAAAAUCGGCAAUGAAGCCCCCACACCUUCACAACCCUUAACCAAUCG